UACCAUAAAAUACUCUAUUACUGACUUUUCCGAUACCUCGAUUAUCAAAUUGUCCAUAACAAAUACACAUUGAAUUGAAUUCGGAGAACCCGACACAAACAUCCAUUCAUCUCUAGGAGGUUAAACAUCGAAGCAUGUAAUGUAAGGCUGAGUCCAAUGCAGCCUGCAUUUAUGGGGUUGUCGGCAUUAAUGCAGAUGUUGGAGUUCCAACGCAGAGAAAUAAAUGCCGAAAAUCGGCAAUUAUGGAGGCGAUCGGCAAUUGGAUCGCUAUAUAUGGGGGAGGGUUUGCCGAUUUCGGCAUUUAUGGAGGAUGAGUUGUCUGCCGCGCGACACAACCGCCGGGGCUGGGCGGUGCGCCACAUGCUCUCUCCCUUGCGCGUGUGGCGCACCGCCCAGCCCCGGCGGCUGUGCACGCCAACAUCUUUUUUUUUUUAAAUUGUUGUUGAGUUGUUUAAGGACAUUUAUUAAGGGAAUUGUAUGUAAUUAAUUAGCGAAAGGGAAAUUAAUGUUUGUAUUUAGGCUUUCUAGAUUGUAUUUAAUUUGUAUUUAAUAUUUGUGUAUUUAGGCUUUUUUCUAAGAUGACUUAAAUUGAAUUCAUUUUAUUUAAAAUUUAUGUUUAUCAUCUUUAAGUUGUGUGUAAACAAAAAUUAGAUCAAACUAAGAAUGGAAAUUAUAUUAUUGAAAUGAAAAUGCGUUCGUAAAUUACAAAAUAAAUUAUCACCAUACAACUUUAAUUGAAUUACAAAGCAUCCGAGCAUCGAUACCAAGCAACAACAAUGACUAAUUAUUUCCAUGCAAGUUCCAAAUAUGUUCGACCAAGUCCCGACGAACAAUUUUCAUAAUUUUUCGCCAAAAAAAAUUCGGUCUCGAAAUUUAACAAAAUUCUAUCGAAAAAUUUGUAUUUAAAAAUGAUGAUGAACUAUACAAAAAUUAACAUGAACAAAUUAUAUUAAAGUUUCGAUAGUACAUUUUUAAAUAAAUGGAAAAACUGGAAAUAUUAAAAAUCCCAAAUAUGGAAUUUGUUGCAUUGGAGCAAAAGAAAGGAAAAUGGGGUUCAAUCCCCAAAUUUGGGUUCAAGGACCCAAAUUUGGGGUUUUGCAUUGGAGCCUAACCAACGGGCUUCCCUUUAUUUUUUCUUACUUUUACUUUUUCGUUUUCAAAUUGUUCGUUGGAUCCGGCCGGAACGUUCCCCGUAGGGUUUUCUCUUUGGGUCACUCACUACUCACGAGCCCGAGCCAUAAAACCCUGAACCAGCAAACCUAUUAACCUUGCUGCUGCUUCUAUUGCUCAGCCCUCCGCCGCCACAAACAGUCCACUCUUAAUUUUUGGGCAUUCUCUUCCGCCGCCGCCGUCGUCUUCCUCUCCUUCCUCUCCCCCCAAAUCCUAGCUCACCCUCUCAUAUUCUCCGGCGAAUUCGAAUCCCAACUGCCAAAAAUUAUGACGGAAACCCAACUCCAAGUAGGGCCGGUGCUCAUAAAGCAGCUGGCCGCCUCCGACAACAGGACCCGCAGCAGAUCCCUCCGCGCCCUUCUCUCCACCUGGCUUCCUUCCCAGUCUAGCCUCUCCGACGAGGACAUGAGGAAGCUCUGGAAGGGGCUCUUUUACUGCCUCUGGCACUCCGACAAGCUCCCCGCCCAGGCCCACCUCAUCGACCGCCUCGCCUCCUUGAUCCCGACCCUCGAUUCGACCUUCUCCGCCCACUACUUCUCCGUCUUCCUCCUCACCAUGCGCCGCGAGUGGUCCGGCAUCGAUUUCCUCAGGUUAGACAAGUUCUACCUCUUGAUGCGCAGGGUUUUCCGCUCUGUUUUCCUAAUGCUGAAGAAGAAUUCGUGGGAUUUGGAGCUGUCUAAUCGAUUCAUGGGUAUUGUUGUGGAGAGAACCUUCUUGGCGGAUGAUAAGUUCCCCGGGAAUGGCGUGAACUAUCAUAUCGCGUCUUGUUUUCUCGACGAGCUCAAGCCUUUUCUGCCUCUCGGGAAGCCGGUCGUUGAAGCUCUUCUAGCGCCUUUCAGUUCCGUGAUGGGGAAGGUGGUUGAUAAGGUGCUGGUGGGGAAAAUUAAGGGAAAUGUGUUUGAUGAGUUGUUGAAUAUGGGGAGGGGAUUGCUGGAGUUCAAGAAGUCUCAUCCUAAUGAUGAUUGUGAAAGCAAAGAUGUGGUCUUGCUUGGUACAAUUGCCUUGACUAUGGGAUUCUCUGCUAGGUUUUAUGAGUUGGGUUCUUCUGCUGAAUGUCGUCAAGGUAAUAGGAAAGUGCUCCUUGGUUUGCACGAGGAGUUUAUGAAGUUGGAGAAGGCGUUGGCACUUUCCGGGAUUGAAAUUUCUCUACCUGAAGUUAAUGGUGAUGGUACAGAUGAUAAUGAUGAAGAUGAUGAUGAUGAAGUGCCGACUUUGGUACCCAUUGACACUCAGAUGAAAGAAGUUGAAGGACAAAAUGGAGGUGUUGGCAAGAAGGAAUCAAAGAAGAGCAAAAAGAGGAGUAAGGAUUCAUCUGACAAUGAUGGGAAAGAUGAGAAAAAGAAGAAGAAGAAAAAGAAGAACAAGAGCAAGAAGGAGAAAGAUGGUGGCAGUGAUGCAGAGGAAGUGCCAAAUGGUGAGGAAUUUUCCAGUGAUGAAAAGAGCACUGAUGUGGAAAGUGAUGCGAUUACUUUCGACGAUGCUGUCAUAGCAAACCUGCAAAAGCAGUUUGAGAAAGUCGCAGCUGAAGUAGGUAUGGAUGAUGGUGUUGGCAGCUCCCUCGAGCUUGUGGAAGUGAAAGGAAAUGGUCAUUUAACCAAGAAGAGGAAGAGAACAAAGAGUAAAAAUGGGAAGCAGCCUGAUAAUGUGGAGUCCAAAGAUCAAGGAGAUACUGCCGCCAAGAGCGAAGAGAAAAGUGUGAAGAAGGUGAGGUUUGCCAUGAAGAACAACUUGGUGUGGAAACCACACAGUCCUCUGCCUCCAGAGAGUUUGAGAAUACCGCCCUCGUCCACCCCUAGAGGGAGUGCCCUCAAGAAAGGUAUACCUCCUGGUCCUAUUAGGGAAAUGCCUUCUGCAGCUAACAAGGCUAAAAAGAGAGCGAAAUCCGUGAAGGUUGGUGUGAAAGCAAGAAGAGGUGUCCCUCCUACUGUUAGACGCCUGAAGAAAAGAAGUUAGGAACUCUUCUCUUUCCCCAUCAUAGAUGACAAAGUGUUCUCUAGUUUCAAUGUUCAUUGUGUUUCUUUCAAAUAGUUUGAUCUUGUCUGAACUUUUGAGAUAUGGUGAACUUCGUUGAUACCAUUGAUUUCUUUAUGGAGUUGAGUGUAAUGAUUUAAGGCCAGGAACUUGAUAUACAAGGUUAUCUCAGUUUUCCCAUUCUUCUGUAGGGCAUUUCUCCUGUUCUUUGUCCAAGUUCCUAUCUACAAUUUUGCUUUAUGUCCCUCUCCUCACUUACAGAGUGUUCUGAUCCAAGUGUCAAAUAUGGUUCUCCUUAGUCCUCACUGCUGAUACAAAUGUUUGCAGAAGUAAAAGACAUUGGGUAUAGGUAUCUUAUCCCUGCUUCGAAACCCACUCUCGAUGAGAAGUAGCAGAACCAAGAGUGUGUUGCUUUGCAUUGCACAAAAGUAUAGAAGUAGUAGAACCAAAGUUGUAAGAAACUGAAGAAGUUUAGUUCAGUGAUACUAUCAUAUCUGUACAUGGUUGUGGCCUUGUGGGAAGUUGAGUGGAAAAAGAGGAGGAAAUGCAGUAGAGGGGAAGCUUAUACACAAUAGUAACAGCUGUUUUUUUGGAACUCGUAAUCUGAAUCAAGGCCUGUGCAAGUAUCUACCAGCAAGCAAGGCAGCAUCCAUGACUACAGAGAUGACAUCGACGACAUCGGUGGCCUCGCAGGUGCUGCCUUUGAAGCCGUGUGAGCCUGACUUGAUGAAGUUCUUCAUGCAGUUGAUCAAGUUCUGGCUGCAUUCCUCACUCAGGUAGUCAUCUGCAUUGUGGAAAGCGGUUAGGCAGGUGGUGUUUCACAGUCAAGCUUAGUUGGCCUUUUUUGCCAUGUUUGUCUGGGGUUUUAGGUGGGCUAGGUCAUGUUUCGCCGUCAGCUUACUUCUUUAAGUUGAAAUGACACCAUACCACGAAAGCAGCAGCUUGCUAGUUACGUUCUGUGGUGAUUACCAUAGUAGUAGAUGGGAUAAUACAAUACAACCUAUUUGCUUUUUGUUGUACGCUUGUAAUUAGGGGUGUGCAACGGUUCGGUCCGGACCGGACCAAACUCAUGAGAACCGCGGUCCAUUAGUGAAAAACAUGUUAGGACCAAGGAUCAGACCAUUUUUGCAUUUGGUCCAUUUGGUCCGGUUCGGUCCGGUCCAAAUUUGAGAUCGGUCCACCAUUUCUUCAGUAAUUAUAAAAUUCAUGAGGACCAAGGACCGGACCGCAUUUUACUCGGUCUAGUCCGGUCCGGUCUUAACAACGGUUUGGUCCGGUACGGACCGGACCAUUGCAUUUUACUCUUAUGGGAAUGAAAUAAUGGAACAAUUCUAGGAAAUGGUCUGGCGAUAACGUGAAACGAAAUGGUUCAUCACACUUAAAUUUGAAUCUAGAGACUAAUAAUCAUAAACAUGACAU